GUUCAUCACGUGACUCGAGUCUUGUGACAGUGCGGCGAGCAGGAAAAACCGUCGCUCGAGUUUGAUAAGGAGUUUCAGUCGAAAAGUCGUCCAGAUUUCUCUCAUAAGCGAGAGAAAUAAAGAAAAGUUCGCUAUGGCUCAUCUUUAGGACCAUUGGCCGUCUUAAUAAUCAUUCCUGUCCCUCGCACAGAGCUGGCUGACGUCGCGUGGGGAGAGUGGAGGAACUUUCGGUUUGAUCUUUGUUUUGGUUUGUGUUUGCUAGUUCAGUGAUCGUCCACUUUAAAGGAGCUCGGGGAGAUUUUGUGUUAGUUUGCUGAAGUGCACAGCACGCCUCAGACCGAGUAUGGAUACUAAACCUCUUCUCCAGGACAGACCUCCAGCCUACAACACAGUCCCGGCUGCCUACGACUACGGCUCGGUCCCCGCGGCGGGCUUCCAGGCUCCGGCCCCGCCGCCCUACCAAGGUUUCCCAGCAGCAUCCUCAGGUUUCCCAGCAGCCUCCUCAGGUUUCCCAGCAGCCCCGGGUCCGGCCACCAGCCAGCCAGCCUACACCAACACCUACACCAUCGUGCAGCCCUCCGUGGUGGUGGUGGGGGGGUGUCCGGCCUGCAGGGUCGGCGUGCUGGAGGAAGAUUUCACCUGUCUGGGAAUCAUGUGUGCCAUAUUCUUCUUUCCUCUGGGAAUUCUCUUCUGCCUGGCCCUGCGUCAGAGGAGAUGUCCAAACUGUGGAGCCACAUUCGGCUAGAGGGACCAAAACCCUGUCGUCUUCGUUGUCGUCUUUUUAACUCAGUUUUACGCAUCAGCAUCGUUUAUUUGUAAUCACUGCACACGAAUAAUGCCAAACGUCGCUUGAAUGACAGAUCACAGUAGUAACCAGCCACAAACUCUUCGAUUAAUACAAGAUGUGCAUGUGACGGGCUGUCCUUGUUUUUUGUUUUUACAUGCCUCGCAAGCACUAUUUGCUGAUUGUUUUUGUUCUUUAUAUAAAAUCUUAAUGCAGUCAUCUAAUCACUAGUGCCUUUAUGACGGCAGAGAAAGCAUAAACUAAACGAGCCGGGACUCACUGAGGGUAAAACCCCACACCACUCUGAACAAACGCAGAGGAACAGUGUGUGUGUUUGUGUUGAUUUGAAUUCCAUCACAGAACGUUUGCUCUCGUGUCUAGAAGUAAGCAUUUCUGUCGUUCAUUUUGUUUCUGUUGACUAUAAUAUGCUCCCUGAUCAGUCACAUCUUGAGUCGAGAUCAAAAAGCAUUUUCUGUAUUCAUUUUGAUUUAAAAAAACAAACAGUUAUUUGUAUAUCUUUGAUUCCUGAAUCAGUUUUAGACAACGCUCUUUCCGGAUAGAGUCUGUUAUUUUGGGGGCCAUGUUUUCAUCGAAUCUGUGUUAAUAAGUGCUGGGUUUUCUGAAAGCGUGUCCGAGGGUAAAUAUGCAGUUACGUUUCACUCACUGGACCUCAGCCAUAUCCAGGUUGAACUGAAACCUGCAAUAAACAAGGGAAGCUGGCGUCCAGACAAUGUGAAAUGUCACCCGAGGACAAAGCUUUGUUUCUUCCAGCGACCGACAAUCUCGGACGCGUCUGGUGUGAUUUAAUUCAUGAUGUACUCGUAUUAUACACGCUAUGAGUUUUUCUACAUUGAGAGAUUGUAAAUAAAUUCUACUAGUGUUGCUUUU